CUUCAGUCUACACAGACACAGCACUAUGAUUUCUCAGGCAGACUAGCCAGGGGCAGCCAGAGAGGGUGGAAGCCCCUCUUCUUCUCUGCAUGAGAGGUGCUGAAGGACUGGAAUGUAAACAAAAUCACAGAAAUUGCACCUAGUAUUUUCACUAGACAAGAUGGCCUCGGGAACAUUCAGUACUUAUGAAGAAAACAUUGAUGACCACGAUUUGCAAUAUGAUGGCAGCCUGGGGAUCUCAGAGCUUUUGCAGGAGAAAAUAUAUAGUGAGGAGCUGCAGAGGUUGUUUCCUGAAGGGUGGAACUAUGAGGAAAUGUUGCAGGACGUGAUAGACCUUGAGAGGUCUGAAGGCAUCAUCCCCUGGGAAGAGAGUGCCAGUGAAGACAUCAUGGUCUUUCUGAAGCAGUUCCCUGAGCAGAGAAAGGAGAUAGAGAAAUGUAUCCAAUGCCUUAAGGACAUGGCAGACAACAUUGACGAGACCCAUAAGAACUGCACCAUUGCCAACAUGGCCGCAAACUCCACGAGCCUGGCGUCUGGCAUCUUGACGAUCCUUGGGCUGACCUUAGCACCACUGACGGCAGGGGGGAGUUUGGCUCUCACGGCAACUGGGAUCGGCUUAGGGGCAGCAGCAGCGGCUACCAGCAUUUCUGUCGGCAUAUAUGAGAAUGUCAGCAAUUCGAAAGAAAGGAGUAAAGCCAACGACCUGCUGGUGGAAUGCCAAAGCAACCUGAAAACACUGACCCACUCCGAUGAAGUGGAUUUCAGACCCAUAGUCUCCCCAAAGAGCGAGGCCAUGGGCAACCACCUGACACACGUCCUUUCCACCGCUAGUAAAAUUCCAGAGGUAGUAUACAAAAGCGUUAAGGGGAUAAGAACCAAUGUAAGAGCAUUCAAAGUGGUGAAAGCUAACCCUGGUUUGAAGGCCUUAGCACAACGGCUCACCGCGGCCGGGAGUACAGCCCGGAACACAGCAAAGGGGACCAAGCAAGUGCAAAAAGCCUUAGCUGGGACCACCCUUGCCAUGUCCAAAAGUGCGAGGGUGCUUGGUGCCGCAGCCGCAGGAGUUUUUGUUGUGUUUGAUGCCUACAGUCUCGUGAAAGACUCCAUCCAUUUAACUGAGGGGGCGAAGGCAGAGGCCGCAGCAGAUAUAAGAGAAAAAACUAGCCAACUUGAAAAGGACCUUCAGAAUCUCAGUGAACUGUACGAGGAGCUGAAAGGCAUGGUAUAUGAAUAGAUGAGACACAAGUUCCCAUUUCCAGCACUGGGUCAGGAGAAGAACCAAGUCACAAGGGGAGGGGAGAUUGUGGUAGGAAGUCAAAAGCCUGCAAAAGCUACACACGAUGCUAACUAACAGGGAGAUGCCAGCUCCACCUUGACCAAAAGCAUUAAGUAAUCUGAACAGUUCAAAGAGAUUGAUACCAUAAUUUACUCACUCCUGUGUUUGGAAUUCAGUGAAAGGAUCAGGAGACAUCGUGCUACUGAACAUUUUGUUAAUUCAGAACCCGGGACACCAUGAAUCAUCCUGCUAGGAAUUUAUCCUAUUUUGCCUAUGCUUAAGAGAA